AUGGAUACUGGAAGAAGAGAUAUGUUUGCUAUGGCUCAUGAAAGUGACAUUAAUAGCACUACCACUCAUGGAGAUUUUUUGGUUGUAAAUACAAGGUCCUAUAAUAGAAAGCAAGGUACCCAUCAUUAUUACCAAGAGUGGAAAAAACUUUUUGAAAGCCACCAUCAUGCUUUCAUAAACGAUUCUAAACCAAUUCCUAAUGAGGAAAUAUUUUAA